UUUCCUACCCAUCCCCCUUCCAGGCUCCCCUCCCUCCCCACUUCCCCUUCUAUAUACCUGCCAAGCCGAGCUCCUUUUAGCAGCCAUCUAUCACUGCAAAGGAGCUCACAUCAAAGGCGGUUGCACAGCAGCAGCCGAGCAGCAUCAAGGUUGUUCCAAAGACAACCGCAAAGAGGGGCCUUGACUGCGCCUUCCCGAAGUUGCCGGCCAGCUUUGGCCAAGUGUGGGAAUGAUUUUUGCGACCGCACGGAUAGAGAACCGUCAAGGGCCCCUUUUGGUCACUUCCGAAGAGCAAAAACGUGUUGAGAGCAGGCCGGUUUAAGAUUUCAAACAGAACCUCCCCAGCGCGCAUGAAAGGACUUGAUUAGCAUAUGUCAAGAGGACCUGCUUAUAUACUCGGUGUGUAUGUACACAGGACUGAUCUGAUCAGUUUGCGGAGUGGGAGCCCCAGCCCCCAGCCCCCUGCCCCAGCACUGGCAGCCGCAGCUAUAGAUGUGUCUGCAAAGCCAGCAGCCGGCUCCCACCUACCCAAGGAGAGAAGAUCGCUCCAAGACAGUGAGAGCUUCCCGGCUAUCUCAGUGCAAAGUCCGUUCAGCGACCUCACGGGAGUAACCGGGCCUUAACUUUUUGCACUUGUUUCGCUGUAAUUUUUCUUCAUUCACCUCCCCAUCCCCGCUACACUUUUUAUUGGGGGUCUUUUGUUUUCCGGAUACUCCGCCUCUCCCUCUGGCCCCACCAUGGCUCCUUUAACCGAAGUCGGGGGCUUUCUGGGCGGCCUGGAGGGCUUGGGCCAGCAGGUGGGCUCGCACUUCCUGCUGCCUCCUGCCGGGGAGCGGCCACCUCUGCUGGGCGAGCGCCGGGGCGCGGCGGAGCGGGGCGCCCGCGGUGGGCCAGGGGCCGCGGAGCUGGCGCACCUGCACGGCAUCCUGCGUCGCCGGCAGCUCUACUGCCGCACCGGCUUCCACCUGCAGAUCCUGCCGGACGGCACCGUGCAGGGCACGCGGCAGGACCACAGCCUCUUCGGGAUCCUGGAAUUCAUCAGUGUGGCAGUGGGACUGGUCAGUAUUCGAGGUGUGGACAGUGGCCUUUACCUGGGAAUGAAUGACAAAGGAGAACUCUAUGGAUCAGAGAAACUGACUUCUGAAUGCAUCUUUAGGGAGCAAUUUGAAGAGAACUGGUAUAAUACCUACUCAUCCAACAUAUAUAAACAUGGAGACACCGGCCGCAGGUAUUUUGUGGCACUUAAUAAAGACGGAACCCCAAGGGAUGGCGCCAGGUCUAAAAGACAUCAGAAAUUUACACAUUUCCUGCCCAGACCAGUGGAUCCAGAAAGAGUGCCUGCAUUGUAUAAGGACAUCCUGAUAUACACUUGAAGUGUGAUAGUUUCUUUACUGAAGAACCAAACUACAACCAUUCUUUCUUAUGAAAGUUCCCACGGUAAGAUAAUAACCCAGGAAGACAUUCAGAAUGGUACAGAGCCUAUUUUCCACUGGGAGACUGAAUUUGGAAAGAAUAUUGAAAUCAAACAAACAAACAAACAAACAAACAAACAAACAUAUUUUGACUUGCUGUAGAUCAAGAUCUCUCUUUAUCGGUGGAUUAGGUUCUCCUAGAGGCACUGGCUUGGUCCUUACCCAUAGAUGGAAGCGGAAAACCUGUUACACUGUGGAUGAUGGGAACCCCACCUAGUUUGCUGCUCUGGUGCUUCACCUCUCUGGAAUAUGUUUACUUUAAAAGUGACAUUAAAAACGGAUGCUUCAUGUUGAAGAAAUGGACCAACACAGAUGGCCAGGAUUACUGCUCAUCUACAUUAAGGACCUUGAAGGAUAUUGCAGGUUAUGGCAUUCUGUGUAAAAAACCUGGGUGAAAUGUGGACCAUGAAACAUGCCACACCAAGACGGGACAUUUUUUUUAAAGGAUGGACCUAUUUAUACAUUCUCAAUUUGCAAAUAUUUAUUAUAUAUUUAUUUAUUGAAGAGUUUAUUUUUUACUGCUAUAUGAAGAUGUUACAAAGAGGAAAAAAACAACAAAAGUCCCUUUAUAGUGCCAUUAUUUUGUUGUGGUGUCUUUGUCUGUAAAGAAGACAUCUUUAUUACAAUAAUUAAAGAUAGAAUAAGAUCUUGAGUUUCUUUUUAAAAAUAAAGUAUAGCAU